AGGCAGCAUGUGGCAGGAGCUACGCAAGAGAAAAAAAGAUGCAGUAGCUAACGCAGGAGAAGAGGAAGAAAAAUCAGGUUUCCGCCACUGUGCAGCAGCCACUUUUCUCGUCCGGAUCGAAGGCCAAACGAAGUCCGAUCGUGCUCAAAUUUUAGUAUGUUGUUCCUCACAUACUCCUCUUCAUAUCCAACGGUCAGAUUCUCAUUUUGAUGCCCGGAAGGUUGUUUUCUGGCUGCGUUUUCAGACCUGCGUUUUUUGGGAGUUUUUACUCCAUUUUAUGGUGAUUUGUUGAUUGUUGUUGUUCCAAGGUUGCUCCUUGAUGAUUGUGUAUGCCUCUAGUGUUUACUAGAGAGGAGAACUUGUUGUACCCACUUGAUUCUUGGUGAUUAGUGGAAGUUUGGGAGCUGUUGUUGAGCGGCCGUGGUUUUCUCCCCGAUUUGGGGUUUCCACGUAAAUCGUGUGUUAUCUAAUUUAUUAUCGCUGCCAUUUAUUUGUGUGUGUGCUGCUGAUUUUUCAGAGUUCAUUGUGCUUGUUAUUCAUCUCAUUAAUUUGGGGAAAAGAUUUUAUACGCUUCCGUUGUGUUUUGUUCCGUGCUUCCCCAACAAAGUGGUAUCAGAGCUUGAUUAUUUUUUGGUUGGCUUCUUGUGUUGUUUAUGAUGGAUGACAAAGUAAUUGUUCAAGGAAUGGUUAGUUUGGACUCUACGAAUUAUUCAAUUUGGAAAAUUCGUAUUGAGGAUUAUUUAUGCUCUAAAGAUUUGCUUGACCCAAUUUUGUAUAAAGAACGUCCAACAGGUGUUGNGUGUUGCAACAUGUUGCUAAUGAAACUAAUGCUUUUGAGAUGUGGAAGAAACUUGAAUCCAUGUACGAGAGGAACAAUGCUAUGGGAAAAGCUUCUUUGAUUAGGAAGCUUGUUAAAUUGCAAUACAAAGAUGGUGAUAGCAUUGUGGUUCACAUGAACGAGUUUCAAGGUGUGGUAAACCAACUAGCCGGAAUGAAGAUGAAAUUGGAGGAUGAACUUCAAGCUUUGUUGUUGCUUUCCUCAUUGCCCGACAGUUGGGAUACACUGGUGGUUUCACUUAGCAACUCUGCUCCGGAGGGCAAGAUGACUAUGGAGAUGGUCAAGGCUAGUCUUUUGAAUGAAGAGGCUAGGAGAAAAGAAUCAGGUUACCCUAGCCAAUCUGAAGCAAAUGUGAUUCCAGAAUCCAGCAGGGGGAGAAGCAAGAGCAGAAAUCCUCACCAUAGAGACAAGUCCAGGGGGAGAUCCGAAUCCAGAAAGAGAGAUUUCAUUUGCCAUUAUUGUCAGAAGCCGGGUCACAUUGAGAGAUUCUGCAGAAAGAAGAAGAGAGAUAUGUUCAGGGAGAGAAAAGAUAAAAAUGAGAAUUCCAAGCAGAAGCCAGAAGAGAAGAACACUACAGCCUUGGCAUCUAGUGAUGAUGAUUUGUUUGUUAUCGGUGAUCAUGGACUAUUAAAUGUAGCCUGUGAUGACUGCACUUGGGUGAUUGAUUCUGGUGCAUCUUAUCAUAUUACUUCACACAGGGAGUACUUCUCAUCCUACACUAGUGGUGAUUUUGGCCAUGUGAGGAUGGGAAAUGAUGGUUCGUCCAAGAUCAUCGGUAUGGGUGAUGUUUGCUUAGAGACUUCCACUGGUUGCAGGUUGGUGCUCAGGGAUGUGAGGCACGUCCCAGACAUCAGAUUGAGUUUGAUUUCAGCUGGUUUGCUUGAUGAUGAAGGUUAUGCCAACAACUUUUGUGAUGGAAGAUGGAAACUCUCCAGGGGCAGCUUGAUUAUGGCUCGAGGUAAGAAGCAGAAUUCACUUUAUGUUAUGCAGGCCAGAACUAUUGAAGAUUGUGAGAAGAAGCAGGCAAAUCCUUCUCCAUGCAUCACAAUUGAUCCAGUUCCAUCUCUUCCUCCUGUUGUAGUCCCUCAAGAUCAUGGGGGAGAUAUGCAUGAUCAUACAGAUGAGUCCCCUGCAGAUGACCAUCAUGAUGAUGAUGGUGGUGAUGGUGUUCCAGAGUCACAACCACACUCAGAGCCGCCUCCAGCACCUCAGUUGAGAAGAUCCACCAGAGUCAGAAAACCUUCCACGAGACUUUCAGAGGAUGAUUUUGUGAGUGAGGGGGAGAUUUGUUGGGAAAUUUCCCUCCUGCAUGGAGGAAGUGUUCAAUUUUAAUUGAACAACACAUUAUAUCUCUCUUUUGUAUUUGGGCUUAUUUUUGUGUGUAAAGCUUUAGCCCAAAUAUUUUUUGGUGGCCCAUAUUGUGUGGCUAUUAACUAAAAGAAAAAAAAAAGGAAGGGAUAAGGCAGCAUGUGGCAGGAGCUACGCAAGAGAAAAAAAGAUGCAGUAGCUAACGCAGGAGAAGAGGAAGAAAAAUCAGGUUUCCGCCACUGUGCAGCAGCCACUUUUCUCGUCCGAAUCGAAGGCCAAACGAAGUCCGAUCGUGCUCAAAUUUUAGUAUGUUGUUCCUCACAUACUCCUCUUCAUAUCCAACGGUCAGAUUCUCAUUUUGAUGCCCGGAAGGUUGUUUUCUGGCUGCGUUUCCAGACCUGCGUUUUUUGGGAGUUUUUACUCCAUUUUAUGGUGAUUUGUUGAUUGUUGUUGUUCCAAGGUUGCUCCUUGAUGAUUGUGUAUGCCUCUAGUGUUUACUAGAGAGGAGAACUUGUUGUACCCACUUGAUUCUUGGUGAUUAGUGGAAGUUUGGGAGCCGUUGUUGAGCGGCCGUGGUUUUCUCCCCGAUUUGGGGUUUCCACGUAAAUCGUGUGUCAUCUAAUUUAUUAUCGCUGCCAUUUAUUUGUGUGUGU